AUGAACCAAAAGAAAAAAAGAAGAGUACUUUCUUUUUAAAUUUAAAAUUUGACAAGCACAUUAUCAGAAUUAUUUGAUAGUUAAUAAUCAACAAAUAGAAAAUAAGAUGAGUAACCUAGAAUAAAAAUAUUUUAAUAAACAUUGCCUUUCAAUGAGAUUAAUUAAUUCUUUUCUCCUAAAGAAUCUGGUUCAACUACAUUAAGAUCAAUACCUAGACUUCGUAAGAAUUCUAUCAGUCCAAAGCAUUCAUACAUAUACUCUAGGAAGACAAUACAAACACCUUUAACAAUUAGGUCAUCAUUAGUGAUGUUAAAUUAAUUUGAAUAACAGUUUGCUGAAAGUAUUCAAUGCAAUGAUUAAAUUGGAGCUAUAGAAAGUAACUAACAUGUUUGAUAAGGUUUGCUAAAUAUGAUGGUAAUUGCAGUUGAAUAAGAUAACAUUGCUUUACUUAUAACAUUUAUGCGUCUGAGUGCAUUAACAUUUAUCUCAUUUUAAGAAUGGACCAAGGCUCUUCUCUUUUUAUAACAUUGUAAAUUUCUAAGUGAAUUCACAAGAUAAUUUAAUGUUAUUCAAUGGACAUUUCUUUAGAUAGGCAUUUUGUGUAAAUAUGUUAAGAAAUAUGAUUUGGGCAAAAUAUUCAUUAAGAAAGUAUUACUUAAUUAUUUAUAUGAAGUCAUUGGAAUAUGCAUGGCAUUUAAAAGAUAUCGAUUAAGAAAUAAACUGUUAUGAAGAACUUGGCAAGUUGUGUUUUCUGAAUUAUGAAUUAAAAACAGCUAAGUCUUUACAUGAAAAAAGUAUGAAAGGAACAAUAGAAAAAGAAAAAUCUCCCAUGAAAAUGGUUUCAUCAAAAGGAAUGUAGUAAAUCAUGAAGAUGUUACCAUAAGAAGAGUUAAAUUUGGGAUUACAUAUAUUUUCUAAAGCUGUAAAUUUCCCAAUAAAAUUGAUUUAAUGUUAGAAUUCUCUUUAUUAUUAAAGAAGAUAAGUGAAAAAUUAAUAUAUGAUAUCACAUAAUUUAGAAUGCAUACCAAACCAAAGAGUUAUUGAUAUUGAUAUAUCAUUAGAUGAAAUGCUACAAUAAUUUCUUAAAGGUAAAAAUUUUGCUUUUGAAAUUCCAAUACCAAUCUCUGUAGCUGAUGAAUAUGAAAGUAUGAAACCAACAAAUUCUAUACCCAAAAUACAACAACUAAAAUAAACACAAACAGCAACUUUAAUAAAAUUAUAAUCCUUAAAAUUACAUCCUUUAUCAAAUAAAUAAUCUACAAUUACAUUAAAUGACUUUUAAAAGAAACUUCCCUUAGAGGAAAUGAUCAGAUUACGUUUAGAGAUGAAGUUUUAAACUCCUACAUCUUUUACAGAAACAUUAAGGAGUAGAAAAUUUGCUAGUAAUUUAGAAUAAAUAAGAUUAACUCAUGAAAGAGAUGGAAUUGCUUUAAGUGUUGAACAUUAAAAAAGAGGCUUAGUUAGAUAUGCUUAGAAGUUGCUUAAUUAAUAAUAGAUUACUUUCCUUUGA